AUAUUUUUGAGAAGUGUUCCAAUUCAUAUAAUUCUGAGAAAAAUGUUCACAAAGGUCCUCGAACCUUCGGGUUGAGAACCGCUUUAAAGCAUUUAUUUAUACGACACCACGGAUACGCCGGAAGUUCAUAGUUGGACGUCGGACUCGACCGAGACCGCGAAUCGGUUUCCCUCUCAUUAACGUUAAUCACAGCUGACUUUUAUGUAGAAACGCGCCAACCAUAUGAUUCUUUGGUCCGUGGUAGGGAACGUACAUACAUAUGACGAUGUCAGUGUGUCACGCUAUAAGUCGUAUAAAAUCAAUCAGGCCGGUGCUCAUCGUGUAACUUGCGCUGCACGAGUGCAACGGUUACGCGCCCGAGGUCGAAGUUUAAGGGGGAAGCGCUGUGCCUUCGGUUGCUCGGUCGAUAUAUUGCGUCGAUUCAUCCGUUAACUAUUCAGGUUUUUUUUACUCCCGUUACACCUUUAUUCCCCUUCCCCGUUUCCCAAACGGUUUUUCUCUCCUGCCCGGCCGUUCGACGCGACGAGUGAGAGAUUCCGAUCACUUCGAGAUUGUUUGAGUGUUCAACUCGGAGUGCCAGGUUCAAGACGUUAUCGCGCUCCCGGCUUCUCGCCGAUGUGAAUCCAGUUCGGACGGUUUCCUCGUACGCGAUUUAGCAACUCGGACAUGUCAUCCGCCGUGCGAAGUCAGUUCUUGUCGACGCUCAGCGUCGCGCGGCGUCUCACCGCCGCCACAACCGACCACGCGUACGUCAUACACAUGGGCGUGCGCCGCAGGAAUGCGGCGUGCUGGAGAACGUUGGCGUGUAAUGCGCGAAUGGUCCAUUCCGUGGCACAGCCGACAUGGGUAUGGGCAAGCAAGGAUGAAAGCCGAGAGAUGAUGGCAUUGUGGCCGGAUGUUGUUCGAGACCUCACGGACGCAACGAAAAGUUUAAAUAUCCCCGAUGUUACUAAAUGGAUGGCAAAAGUAUUACAGUAUAAUGUUCCCGGAGGAAAAAAAACUCGCGCUUUAACGUUAGUUUAUGCCUAUAAGCUACUAGCAUCAAGCGAUCAACUUACAGACGAACAUAUUCGUCUGGUACGAAUUUUAGCGUGGUGUGUAGAAUUGAUGCAAGCUUAUUUCAUCGUAAUCGACGAUAUGCAAGAUCGAUCGUUAGUUCGUCGAGGCCAAGCGUGUUGGUACCGAUACAAUGAUAUAGGCUUAAUGGCAGUCAAUGAUGGUUUAAUGUUAGAGAACGUUAUGUAUUAUCUAAUUCGAAAGCAUUUUAAAGGGAAAGAUUACUAUGUUAAUUUGUUAGAAACAUUCCAGGAUAUUAUAUUGAAGACAAUAAUGGGCCAAUGUUUAGACAUGCUUUCUACCAAUUUUGGUAAAAAGCCAAAUUUAGACCUGUUCACUAUGAAUCGAUACAAUUCUAUUGUUGAAUACAAAACGUCGUACUAUUCAUUUCUAUUGCCAGUAUCCUUAGCAAUGCAAUUAGUUGGUAUAAAAGACCCGGAGAUGUUUAGGCAAGCAAAAACCAUUUUGUUAGAGAUGGGACAUUUGUUUCAAGUCCAAGAUGAUUAUUUGUCUUGUUUUCAAGAAUCCUGUGGAAAAGAUAACACCGAUAUACAGGAGGGAAAGUGUACAUGGCUGGCUGUUGUAGCUCUUCAACGAGCUACUCCGGAGCAGCGUAAAAUUUUAGAAGAAUGUUACGGAGUUUCGGAUCAGGAAAAAAUAGAACGAGUGAGACAGCUCUUCAUUGAUCUGGAUUUGCCUAACACUUAUUUUAAAUAUGAAGAAGAGACAUAUAAUUUAUUAAAUGUACAUAUACAGCAGAUAUCACGCGGACUUCCACAUAGUCUUUUUUUGAAUUUAUUAGGGAAAAUUUACCAGAGAAUAUCAUAAAAUAAUUGUAUACAUUAAAGAGAAAACUUAAUAUUAAUAUUUUAUUAAAUAUACAUACGUUAAAGUAUUCAAUAAUAUGAAAUGAGAAGUAUUGUGCGUUAAUAUCAAAAAGUGUGAAAUAUUAUUUCAGAAUGAAAAAUAUGAUACGAUCUUUUAUAAAGUUUUAUGUAUAAAAAAUAUUUUACUUUGAAAAAGUUAAUAAAAAUUUUUAAAGGA